AGCUUAGCCUGGGUUCCGGACUCCGGGCGAAGCAGAUUCUGGGAAGAGGGGAAGGCGAGCGCGCGGCGGCGAGGAGGAGCUGUGCUCGGGACUCCGCCCUGGAAAAAAAGGCGUAACCCGAAGCCGCCGAAAACCCGAGAUGCAGACGGCGAGACAAGUUCGCUCCCAGGACCCUGGACAGCGGCGGGUGCUGGACAGGGCAGCCCGGCAGCGCCGGAUCAAUCGACAGCUGGAAGCGUUAGAGAAUGACAACUUCCAGGACGACCCCCACGCGGGCCUCCCCCAGCUGGGCAAGAGGCUGCCUCAGUUUGAUGAUGACGCAGACACAGGAAAGAAAAAGAAGAAAACUCGAGGUGACCAUUUCAAACUUCGCUUCCGGAAAAACUUCCAGGCUUUGCUGGAGGAGCAGAACCUGAGCACAUCUGAGGGCCCCAACUACUUGACGGCCUGUGCGGGUCCCCCGUCCCGACCCCAGCGCCCCUUCUGUGCUGUGUGUGGCUUCCCAUCCCCGUAUACCUGCGUAAGCUGUGGUGCCCGGUACUGCACAGUCCGCUGCCUGGGCACCCACCAGGAGACCAGGUGUCUGAAGUGGACGGUGUAAACCUGGCAUCAGGGAGAGGAAGUCCAUCCCCCUAACCCUUCCCCAGCUCAUCCUCAAAGGCUAGAGAAAGGAACUGCCCAUUCACCCAGCAAAGCUCUGUCCUGCCAACCAAGGAAGGCCACAUGGACCCCAGGGACUGGGUGGGGUUGGUCCAGCCCCCAGAGUGCUGUGAUAAUAAAUGCCCGGUGACAGGAA